AUGCUAAAUACAGUAAGAUUACAAAUGUACUCUAUAUCUGCUUCUAAUAAAUUUCGUUUUAUUGGAUCCAGGUUAUGGACUUAUAGACGAUGCUAUUCUACAAACAAUUCACCUUCCAACAAUAUUUCAAAACCGCAAGUGAAAUGGUUCUAUGCUACAGAUAUUCCCAAUUCCAAGCCUACUUGGCAUAAUUACACCAAGACGAAGGAACCAAGAAAGUUCAUUCCCUUCUCGGAUUACGAUUCGACCAGAUUAGAAAAACGAUAUCAAGAAUAUAAUUCUGAUACAAAGCAAAUAGAUAAUAAAGAACUGCUUAACCAUAAUCAUGGAUUAGUUGAAGUCAAUGAGGAUAAGCUCUUCCAGGUCGAUUUGAAAAAAUUUGAUUUAUCCCCUGUAUACUGGGAUGGGCCAGUUUAUGAAGUUCGUCGUGGUACUUGGUUCAACUCUGAUGGUAUUCCAUUAGGUGCGAAGUUGUCUCAGCAAAUUGAAGAAGGGUAUCGCUACAGAAAGGCGUUUACGUUUGGAGAGAAAGGACCUAGCGAAAACCAAGUUGCAGAAUCAAAAGAUAAGGUCGCUAAGUUUAAUAAAAAGGUGGAAAAGGAAGGAAAACCUGAAAUGGCACUCGAGAUUGAUUUUGAGAAAGAAAAGGAUACGUUUGGUUUAGAUAACGACCAGGUAGUCUUAUUCUGUAACGCAAAGGAAGCAGUAUUAUUUCCGUCGUCUUUUGAUAGCAAGUUUCAACUUGGUGUAAUUCGUAGCUUUGGAACAAGUUCUGGCUCUUUGAUAUCCGUUGAAAAAAUACAGCGUGGUUAUACGGAUGAUCUACAUGAAACCGUGUUCGAUAAUUUAACUACAAAUCCUAUUCCUGGCUUAACUGAUUUCUUCCAAAAUGAGAUUACUAAUGCCUUCCAUCCAAAUGAUACUGAAGCUGAGAAAAAAGCAGGUACUAAAGAGGAACCCGAAAACACAAUAGCCGACCAAGACAAGCAAAUGAAACAUAUGCUUGAAUCAGAUUUUGAUCAUGAUACUACUUCAUUGGGUUCCGAGAGAGAAGUUGAUCAUCUUGUAUUAUGUAUUCAUGGAAUCGGUCAAAUAUUAGGGCACAAGUAUGAAUCUGUUAACUUUGUUCAUAGUAUUAACGUUCUUAGAAAUACUAUGAAGGAAGUCUAUCAAAAUGAUAGAGGCUACCAAGAGAUUGCCUAUCCUGAACUUAAACAGAGCGAUGAAAAUAAGAAUACAAAUAAUAGGAUCCAAAUCUUGCCUAUAUCUUGGAGACAUAAAAUUGACUUCCAUCCUCAGAAAAGUUUAGAAUCCUAUGAUGAGAAUGGUAAAUUAAGGUUACCAAGUUUAGCCCAAAUAAGUGUUGAUGGUGUUAAAUCGCUUAGAAAUAUUUUAGGUGAUGUUGUCUUGGAUAUUUUACUCUAUUAUGAGCCAAAAUAUAUAAAUCAAAUUACAAAAGUCGUCACAGAGGAACUCAAUCGUGUUUAUGCCCUUUAUAUGGAAAAAAAUCCUAGUUUUAAAGGGAAAGUGCACAUUAUGGGUCAUUCAUUAGGAUCUGUCAUCUCAUUUGAUAUUUUAAGUUCACAAUCCAAUGAUGAACCUAAACAAGCCAACCUGGAAAAGGACUUAAUGUUUAACGUUGACGAUUUAUUUUGUGUUGGUUCACCUGUUGGUAUGUUCAAGUUAUUGGGACAAACUAAUAUAAAGCCACGUUCACUUCUACCAAGCGAUUUUGAUGCAAGCCAAAAGAAUACAUUUGCUUCCCCAAAGUGUUCUAAUUUGUAUAAUAUUUUUCACCCCUGUGAUCCUAUAGGAUACAGGAUGGAGCCAUUAAUUAAUCCUGAAUUUUCGAACUUCAAACCUGAAUUGGUCCCAUUCGCUGUUAAAGGCUUGAACACACAAAUAAAGGAAUUGGCACACUUAAGCGAAGAAAUUCAAGAGAAAUUAUUACGUGCCUCGAGUUGGUUUAACAGGGGAAAUAAUACUGAUAAGAAUAAAACAGAAGAAGUUAAGAGCAUAGAAGAGAAAGCAUCAGAAGAGAAUGCUCUAGAUGAUAUUUUAUUAAGUCUAGCAAAAUCUGAUAAGAAAGAUGAUAAUAAAAGAAAACCUAGGAAGACAGAGAUGAUGAACAACGAGGAUUUGGCUACUUUGACUGAAAUUAAUAAGAAUGGAAGAGUUGAUUACAGCUUGCCUAUGGGCGUUUUUGAUUUCUCUUUAGUGUCUGCGAUUAGUGCACAUAUCUCCUAUUUCGAAGAUAAGGACACUGCAGGGUUUAUAAUGAAGCAGUUAUUACUAUCAAGAUCUACCCCAGUCGAGUCAAAAUCUAUCUCCUUAUAUAACUAA